UGCUCAAGGCCGUGUCCUCACGGCUCGGCCCCUGCUCGGCUCCAAAUGGCAGCCACCAGCUCCAAAUCGUUCAACGAGCAGGAGUACGUGCUCACUGAGCACGGCACCAAGCUCUACACCAUGUGCGGCAUGCGUUUCGAGGUGACCGAGGAGUAUCAGGUGCGCAAGGCGGUCGGCCAAGGCGCCUACGGCUUGGUGUGCGCGGGCCGGCGGAGGCUUCCCAACGGCACGUACCAGCCGGUGGCGAUCAAGAAGAUCCCAAAGGCCUUCGAGGACACCACCGACUGCAAGCGCCUCCUCCGCGAGAUCAAGAUCCAGCUGCACUUCUCCCACCUCAACGUACUCGGCGUCCUCGACAUCCUGCCGCCGGUCGAGGGCAAGGACGGGUGGAAGGACGUGUACCUGGUCUGCGAUCUCAUGGACACGGACCUGCACUACAUCAUCCACUCCAAGCAGCCGCUCGAGGACCAGCACUUUCGCUACUUCCUCUACCAAAUCAUGCGCGGCGUGCACGCGCUGCACGCCGCCCACGUCCUCCACCGCGACCUCAAGCCCGGCAACCUGCUCGUCAACAAGAACUGCGACCUCAAGAUCUGCGACUUUGGGCUGGCGCGGCCGGUCAACCCCGACCCGAGCACCAAGGAGGACCGGUGCAUGACCGAGUACGUCGUCACGCGCUGGUACCGCGCGCCGGAGCUCCUCGUCGAGAACCAAGACUACACCGGCGAGCCACCCGCCGCCGUCCACCGCCCGUCCCGCACCGCCCGAGCCAUCGACAUAUGGGCGUGCGGCUGCAUCCUUGCAGAGAUGAUUGCACGCGAGGCCCUCUUCAAAGGGCGCGACUACCUGCACCAGCUGCGGCUGAUCAUCGACGUGCUCGGCACCCCCUCCGAGGAGGACCUCAAGUGGAUCGCAAACGACAAGGCGCGAGCCGCCCCACAGCCCAGCCGAGCCAGCCGCCUCUCUCACAGCCCAGUACCGCGGGCCUCUUGCCGCGGGCCCAGCGCCAGCCUGAUCGCCGCGACGAGAACUCAGGCGUACGAGUUUGUCAAGACGCUGCCCAUCAAGCGCGGCCGCGCGUGGUCCGAGGUCUUCCCGAACGCGCACCCCGACGCCCUCGACCUCCUCGGCCGCAUGCUCGUGUGGAACCCUGCCAAGCGCUGCACGAUGGCGGAGGCGCUGACCUCGAGCUACCUCACAAAGCUGCACGCGGGCGCGAGCCACGCCGCUGCCCCUUCCCCUCUCCCCCUCCCCACCCUCCCCCAUCCCCUUGCUGCCUCGCUGAGGCACCGCCCGCCGGGCUUGCCGCACGGGCCAGCGACAGCCGCUCGUCACUCCGCGCGCCGCUCACCAGUCCCACCGCCUGCUGCUCCCCCUCAGGCCGACCCCGUCGGCGGCGUCGUGCAAAAGCUAAAGGGGCUCAAGGCGCGCUAG